GGUCGAGGCCACUCACUGCCAACUGCACCCUGGGAACCACACUCACCCACGGCGUCCACCGACUCCACGUGGUCCACAAAGUCCCUCUUCCCCAGGUAGAUGGACAGCUGGAGGAGCCCAUGGCAAAUGGAAACAACACAUCAGAGCUCCGAGAAUCAGCACUGGGAUUCCUGGCUUGGCCAAGUCCUCCUGCACUAAGGAUGCCUACACCCAUACUGAAACCCACCCAGCUGCAGGCUGCCCUCCUUCCAGCCACCACUCAGCCAUUGACAUCCCUGCCCGUUCAGCACAGCAGCGCUCACCUGGGGUUGGAUGCACGUUCUCUUCUUCCUCUCCUGCUUGUCCUGCUGCCACCUGCUCACCACUGCUGCUCCCAGCUCUGUGGCCUCUUAUAGCCACCUGCUCCCACCCCGAAUCUCGCCCACCAGGCUUUGGCCGGGGGUGUGCCAUGUGUGCACUAUGGGAGAGCACACAGACACAUGGUGGUGGGAGAAUAGGAACCAAAGAGAGAAGGCCCAGGAACAGUGGUUCACGAGAUGAUGGUGUGAACACACCCACGAGGGCUGCUCCCUCACCAGUGGUCAUUUCAUAACGCUGCAGGCUGGCCUCACUUUACCCAGUUAACAUGUUGUUAAUUCAGGGUGCUCAGCUGCAAAUAAGAAAACUGGGGAAGUACCAAGUGGGUCCAUGUUGGGGACUGCCGUCCCACAGUGUGGGGACACGCACACGGGAGGUGGGGAUGGACCACCCCACAACCACCCCACUGAGCACACAGCAGUGCGGGGCUGCAGCUGCCAGCACGUGCUGACCAGGUCCAGGACUUGUGAUCUCUUUAAUUGCACACACAGAGCUGCUUACGCUGCAGAUUAGCAGGCACUAUUUCUGCCAAGGGCAGAGGCCACGUGAACUGUGAUCUUCCCAGUGGUGGAGGUCUGGGUGCAGCCUUACCUGGGUGCCUGCACGCGUCGGUGUGACUGCAGCACAGGUCCCCACACUGUGUGCUGCUCCACUCACGCACAGCCUGCUGCAGGGCAGGCUGGCAGACAGACAGCAAUGAUUUCCCAAAGCCCCUGGCAGCGUCGUGCCUUCCUGCCCUGAGCUGGAUUAGGUGCUGUGGUCAGCACUAAUCCUGCCUGCCGCCGGACCUGCAACCACAGGAAUGGUUAAGUAACAGCUGAAAGCAACACUGGUGGGAGGGGGUCUCCAGGUGGUGGAGUCCCCAGUCACUGCCCAAUGCCAUGCAGCUGUGCUUGGGACAGCUGAGGGAUGGGAAUGCCACCAGCCCGUAGCUGAUAUCCCCAAACCAGGUGGUGGCCCUUGAGGUGACCAGGUUCCUUCUCGGUGCCAGGAGCUCAGGGGAUGCCUUGGAGAGGUUUGUGCAGAGGGUGGUGGGGAUGUCCUUGUGCCUGCUGCUGCUUGCUGCAGGGGGUGCCCACGUGCUGGUCUUGUAAACUGCCCAGAGCAAAUCGUGAGAAGAGCAGGGAGGAACCAGGCUGGCGUGGGUGGUGAAGCCCCCAUCCCAUCUCUCCUGCAGCAGAUGGUGGCUGCAGCUUGUCUGUAAUUAACAGUGCCGUGGUGCUAAUCACCCUAACGCAGCCUUGUUGGCAGCUGCCCCGCGCAGCUCUUGGCACGUGGGGUCUGCUUACUGCAUGCCACGAGGAGCAAAACUUCAGUGUGAUGGUCCCCACGCCCUCCCUGAGCCCAUUGCUUCCCCUCUUCCUGAAGCCAGGGCACCCCUGAACAGGAUGAGUGAAUGCAGCACUGGGUACCUACUUUUCUCACCCACCCAAUGCCCACAGCAUCACCAUCUCUGCAUGGCUGGAGCUCAGCCCCACACUGUGUGCAGGCAGCCCCAUGUGCAGGCAUCCCCAUCACUGCCAGCCCCGGCACAGCACAGCGAUGCCGUGCAGCCCUCCAUCCCCUCCGCUGGGUACAACUGUGGGGUGGGGUCUGGGAUUGCAUGGCAGCAGGGUGGUGGUGCUUGGGCAGCCCCCAUUGUGCUCGGGGCCCAGCAUGGCUGCCGGCUUCCUCCUGCCAGCAGGGCUGGAGUGGGAGGAGGAGCGAGGAGGCUGUCCCAGAUGUGGAGCGAGCAGAGCGUUAAGGAAGAAGGGUGUGGGCAGGCGCAGCAGUGCAGAGCGGGGCUGUGAGAAAUGGGCUUGGCUGCAGGGGACAGGCGGUGGAGGCACAGGGUGUGCAGUGCCAUGUCUGCAAGAGAGGGCUGCAGCCACCCAUGAUGAGGAGCACCCGGACCCCCAACUUCACCCCACAGCCCCCCCAGCCCCACUCCUGCUGCACCUCCCAGCUGGGGAGAUCAGUGCGGGGCACCCUGUGAGCAGGAGCUGCACAUCGCCCAUCGGGACCCACAGCCUCCGGGCCCCCACCUUCCCCUUCCACGGCAAUCAGCCCAUGUUGGGUGAGGGACACAACGCAGUGCAGCUGACAUUGUGCCACCCACGAGGAUGGCAGCAGCAAGCUGGUACCACCGGGACAUCAGCAGGGUGGUGGCCGAGGAGCUGCUGGCCAAGGCUGGGCGCGAUGGCUGCUUCCUGGUUCCAGCGGCACGUCCACACCUACCGCAUCCUGCCCAACGAUGAGGGGCUGCUCUCCGUCCAGACCAUACAGGGUAUCCAGGCCAAGUACUUCCGCAGCCUCCCUGAGCUGAUCAGCGCCUACCAGCAGCCCAACAAUGGGUUGGUGACACAGCUGCUCUACCCUGUGCACCAGCUCCGGGAAGCAGCUGAUGAGGACUCUGAUGGAGAAGAUGGAAGAGGUGGCCAUGUUGGCAGCAUGGUGCCCACCAGGGUUAAUGCAGAGAGCACAGGGCCUGGUGCUCCCCCCACCCGUCCCCACAUCUCACAGCAGCUGCAGCUGAGGCUUCAGGAGCAGAUCCACAGCAGCCCAUCCAGUGACUUCAUGGGCUUCAUGGCUGACUACCUGACACAGCACCUACCACUGGACCUGGCUGCACUGCACAGUGGGCACCCGCAUCUGCGCCAUCUCAGUGCUGCUCUCGUCACCGCCUGCCGGGGGCUGCACAGUGAGAUCGACUUCACGCUGGCGGGGCUGGAGAUUCUGGCCAGAGUGUUCGAGCCUCCUGUGUCCCCACGCUGCCCGGCCAGAGAGCAGGGUUUCCUGGCCAGCAAUCCUGACCUGGAGCUGCUCCUCAGCAAGAUCUCAGCUGUCAACCACCUGCUCUCAUCACUGGAGAAGAAGGUCCUCGUGUCACUGCAGGAAACGGUGUCACGACACAACCUGGCACUGCCCAGCCCUGCAGCCCUGCCUCCAGACACCAAGCCCAUGGCCACACAGUGCUUUGAGGUGAAGGUGGGCAAGUCGCAGCGCGCAGCCCUGACAGUGGAUGUGGAGGAGGGCACAGUGAGCAUCACCAAGAGGGGCAGUGGCUCCCCAGAGGAGGUCAUCCCACAGGACAAAAUCCUGCAGCUAAUCAAGUACCAGAGCGUGCAGAGCAAGGUGAGGCUGGUGUACAAUCGUGACCUGCAGAAGAGCCUGAGCAAGGACUUCAUCUUUCCCAGUGCAAAGAAGCGAGAAGCCUUCUGCCAGCUGCUGCAGCUGAUGAAGAUCCAACACUCCAACCUGGAUGAACCUGACCUCAUCUCGGUUUAUGUCGGGACGUGGAACAUGGGCAGCACACCACCGCCCCGCUCCCUGGCCUCCUGGCUGACCUCGAGGGGCCUGGGACACACACAGGACGAGACCACUGCCUGCAUCCCGCACGACAUCUACGUCAUCGGCACACAGGAGAACUCCCUGGGUGACCGCGAGUGGGUCGAGUUCCUGCGCGCGUCCCUGAAGACGCUGAUGGCCAUCGACUACCGAGUGGUGGCCCUGCAGUGCCUCUGGAGCAUCAAGAUGGUGGUGCUGGUGAAGCCAGAGCACGAGCGGCGCAUCAGCCACGUCCACACCUCCAGCGUCAAAACAGGGAUUGCCAACACUCUGGGGAACAAGGGGGCUGUGGGUGUCUCCUUUCUUUUCAACGGGACUUCCUUCGGUUUUGUCAACUGCCAUUUGGCCUCGGGCAGCGAGAAGACCCACAGGCGGAACCAGAACUACAGUGACAUCCUGCGCUCGCUGGCACUGGGCGACAAACGGCUCAGCGCCUUCGACCUCACGCUGCGCUUCACCCACCUCUUCUGGUUCGGGGACCUCAACUACCGCCUGGAUAUGGAUGUGCAGGACGUCCUGACCCAUGUCACUAAGAAGGAGUUUGACAUCCUCCUAGCCAUGGACCAACUCAACAUGGAGCGGGAGAAGAACAAGGUGUUCCUGCAGUUCCGAGAGGGCGACAUCUCCUUCCCACCAACCUACCGGUAUGAGCGGGGCUCCCGGGACAACUACAUGUGGCAGAAGUUCAAGACCACAGGGAUGAGGAUCAAUGUCCCCUCGUGGUGUGACCGCAUCCUCUGGAAGUCUCUCCCAGAGACCCACCUGGUCUGCAGCUCCUAUGGCUGCACUGAUGACAUCGUCACCAGUGACCACUCGCCCGUCUUUGCCACCUUUGAGGUGGGUGUGACGUCGCAGUUUGUGCCUAAGAAGGCUCCUGGCACUGGCCCCGAGCCCCUGGCCUGCAUCGAGUGGGACAGCAUCGAGGUGAUCGUCAAAACUGCCAGCCGCAGCAAGUGCUACAUCGAGUUCCACUCCUACUGCCUGGAGGAGGCACAGCGCAGUGGGGAGAACACCUCGCAGAACUGCGACGUCCCCGGCUUCCUGAGGAUGUGCUGGUCAGCAAAGCAGCUGCCCGUGCUGAACCCCAUCCUGCCCGACGUGGAGUACUUGGGUGACCAGCACCUGCUCCUCAGCAUCAAGGGCGUGGAGAGCUGCGAGUCGUACGGUGAGUGCUGCAUCGCGAUGCGAUCCAUGAUCGGCAGCAUGGCCCAGCAGUUUGAGACCUUCCUCUUCCACCAUGGCGAGGAGACAGGCUCCAUGCGGGGCCGGAUGAAGGUCCGCGUCCCCAAGGACAGGCGCAGCACCCGCGAGAGGCUCUACGAGUGGAUCAGCUUUGAGGAGGAGGAGGAUGCUCCAGCAGAGGACUCCCCGCUGUGCCCCAAGCCGCUCCUCAGGAGCCGUCCCCGCAGCCUCCCAGAGGUGACCAGCAGCUACACCAACCCGGCCUACUUCAUCUUUGAGGGACUACCUGCCACGUGGGCUUUGGGUGCUGACGCACAGAAGGACAGCCCCGUGCGGGGUCCCCCCCAGACACGGACCCCUUUGCCCUCACCCUGCAGGUCCCUGCUGAGCCCUCCUGGUGUGGGCAGGCAGAAGCGCCCCAAAUCGGCCGUCCUGGCGAGGGAUGUGCCGGAGGGUGGCGACUGCUCUCUGACAGUGCUGCACAUGGCCACCGACCUGAGCCAGCUGGACUGCAUGCUCCCCAGGGGUGAAGGGGAUGGCCACCAAAUGCUGCUGCACCAGAGCCACAGUGCCCCUCAGCCACCCUCACCACGCUGCCGGCGGGUGCCGGGGCAUGGAGUGAGCGCUUACCAGCAUGGCCACCACAGAGAGUGGUGCUGUGACAGGUCCUGCAGCGCUGGUGCUGGGCCAGGCCAUGUUGGAGUGCAGCAGCGUGAGGAGGGGCUGUGUGCACAUGGCUGGGACGGCACUGAAGUCUUCAGGUACCCCCCAGCCCUGGAGCUGGCAGCAGCAGGCAUGGAGCAGGGCAGCACUGCUGUCCCCAGGGUCCCCAGUAGAGCCCUGCGCCUGGGGGAGGAUGAGAGGUGAACCCCUCCAUGCAGGGUACAGGAGACUGGGGAGACAGACCCACUGUGUGUCCCCAGAUCUUCAUGGACACCCAGGGGGUCCCCACUUAUUGGCAAAAGGGUCUUUUGCUGUAUGUGCAGGGAUGGCACUGAGCAAGACGUGCUGGGAGCUGGGGUGCUCAGCCUUGCACAUGUCCCUGCACCAUGUAAAAGUGCAUGGGAGCCCCUCGGGGAGCCAGCAGCACUGAGCCCACCCCAAACCCAACACCUAAACCUGCGCAUGUGAGACUGGAGGUGUCCCAUAGUUGUUCCCUUGCUGACACUGUUGGCAUCUCACCUGACCGUGGCCAGCACCCUGAUGUGGAGUAAUUGACUGCUGUGCCUCUGCUGGGAAGUCUCAUGAAGUUCCUAUGGACGUCAGAUGGAUGCUCUCGGGGUGUCACUGUGUGUCUCCAUGGCCCUCCCCAGAGCAAUGCAAAGACCUUGCUGAGCCCUACCAGCAGAAGGGGGCACAGGACACAUUGAGGCCCCUCAGGACAAAGGGACCGCUGGACUUUUGGUCCUUGAGGCCCUGCACACCCUGGCUGGGCAGUUCCCCAAGGAGCUCUGCAGCAGCUGCUCCUGAGGUUGCGUCCUUUGGGGUGCACUGCGCUGUUAUCACCCAGAAUAAAGUGUCAGGGUUUGGA